UCUCCAUCCCUUUCUCCUCUUCUCCCCGUCCCCGUUAUUUGCAGUAGAGGGAAAAGAAGAGUGUCUGCUUAUGUCAGUUGAAGAUGACAGUUCUUCAGCGUCGUUCAAGUUUAAAAUGCUGACAUCUUUGAUCUCGAAAAAUAUGUAUUUCUAGGUUUUAAUAUGCUCUGCUGAAUCGAAACGAUCGGAUCCGAUUCGACCUGUUUCAUACAUCUACCAGUUCCAACAACAACAAUGACGUGGUAUGGCGAGGAAUCCUUUAAAGAAAACAUAUCUGACUAAUCGACCCACUCUGGCAUACCCUGCUGUUUCACAAGAUGAAGACAAACAGCUUGAUUUACUGUUCAGAAAUCUUCAAAGUGUGGAAGAUUCAAACCGUCGCCUGCAGAAAGAAAUGAAGAGGUAUCUUGAAGCAGUUUCCAAUGCUGAGAAAGCAGAAUUGAAACUGACAUCAGAUUUGAGCUCAAGUAUCCUUUGUCAUGAAAACAGUAAUCUACGCAAAUUAGUGGAGGAUUAUCACAGUGUCGCUGCGCAGAAAAGUGAAGGAGCCUCAGAAUUACUUCGGGUUAGCCAAAGAACCUUCCUAGAACCCCUUAAGAAAUUUGGUGGUGAAUUUUCUGGACUUGCAGCUGUUUUAAAUUCUCAUGAGCAGUUGGUGCAAGAGUGGAAAAACAUUGCUACCAGGGUUAAGAAGUUAGAAGAACGAGGAGACAGAAUGCCCAACACUAUUGUCAAACUUGAAAAAGAAAAACAAAACUUAAUAGCUGCAGCAGAAGCAAUAUCUUCUAGUCACAGAAGGAUUACUGAGGAAUUCCCAGUUUUCUUUAACAAGCGAAUAGAUUAUAUUCAGCCCACCUUGCAGGCAAUGGUGCGUGCACAGUUGGAUUACCAUGGCAAUACAACUCGCUGCUUCACAAUUUUGGUUCCAAGUGGCCCUGUUGCUUCAAACAGCAAAGAUGGAAAGCUUAAGGAACCAGAGAGCACAGCCCGUCAGGUUUCUCCAUCUCUGUUACCAGAAUCCCAGUUUCAAUCAAUUAUUCAAAGUAAAUUUGCUGAUAUUCAUUCUUUGUCUAUUGUCAAGAACUCAUCUAAUUGAUUGGCACUCUGCUCAUAAGCUUACAUUUUUUCUUGAGACUGCUGAACCAAGUGCUGAACUUGGGAACUGGUGGUAUAUGUGCACCAGGUUCUCCCACAUAUUUCUGAUAUGAAACUUUGUAACCAGUUACCAUAUUAUGUAUUUUUAGUCAGUAUCCACUGCCAAAGCUUAGAAUAUUGUAUCUACCUGUAUAUCUUCUUCUCCGUUUUUUGGGGGGGUCGGGGUGGGGGCGAUGUUGUUAUUUUGUUGAGUUAUAAUCUCACAACGUACUAUUCUGCAAUAAACCAAUUAUUUUUACAACGA